AUGGAGGGCUACUACUCCAGCUUCGACCUGUCAAAGGCGUUAUCCGAGGACCUGGCCGGGCACACCACGCAGGGCGCCCAUGGAUUGAAUUAUCACCAUGGACCUCCAGGGGAUGAAGGGCAAACCUUCUUCAUGCCUUGCAAGUCCAUCAUGGGUCAAGGUGCCAUGAAGGGUGCAGUGAGUCAAAUCAAAGCCUUGGGACACAAGAAGGCGUUGAUUGUCACAGAUGCUGUGCUAGUGAAGGUGGGGGCAGUGAAGGCUCUUACCGAGACGCUGGAUCAAGCGAGCAUUUCAUAUGCCAUCUAUGAUGGGUGUGAACCGAAUCCUACAUGUGGACAGGUGGAAGCUGGUCUCAAGAAGAUCAAGGAGGAGAACUGUGACUUCGUCAUUUCCUUUGGUGGUGGUUCUCCCCAUGAUUGUGCCAAGGCCAUUGCUUUGACUGCCACGAAUGGUGGAGACAUCCGUCAAAUGGAGGGUGUCGACAAGAGCACCAAGCCGAUGAUGACCAUGGUGGCUGUCAACACCACAGCGGGAACGGGUGCUGAGAUGACACGUUUUUGUAUCAUCACGGACGAAACUCGACAUGUGAAGAUGGCGAUUGUUGAUUGGCGUGUUACCCCAACGUUGGCAGUGAAUGACCCGAAGACAAUGAUUGGUAUGCCCAAAUCAUUGACCGCCGCCACUGGAAUGGAUGCCUUGACCCAUGCCAUCGAAGCUUAUGUGAGUACUGCCUCUAACCCAGUCACAGAUGCGUGUGCCAUUCGUGCGAUGAAGCUGAUUAGCGCAUUUUUGCCCACAGCUGUUGAGGAUGGAAAAAAUCUGAAGGCACGUGACAUGAUGGCAUAUGCUGAGUUCUUGGCUGGCAUGGCAUUCAAUUCCGCAGGGCUUGGGUAUGUGCAUGCCAUGGCACAUCAGCUGGGAGGGAUGUACAACAUGCCACAUGGCGUUUGCAAUGCAAUCCUAUUGGGACCAGUGCAGAAAUACAAUGCCAAGUAUGUGCCUGAGCUUUUCAUCGACAUUGCGUUGGCUUUGGGCUUCCAGUGUGGCGAGGACAAGGAUUUGGCUGUGACAAAGGUGCUCGAAACAAUCAAGUUGCUGAAGAACAGAAUAGGCAUCCCCAAGAACCUCAAAGCCUUUGAUCAGGUAAAGGUCGCGGACUUCCCACUCUUAGCUGAGAAUGCCAUGAAGGACGCAUGUGGUGCAACCAAUCCGCACCAGCCCACUAAAGAAGAAGUCAUUCAGUUAUUCCAAGAGGCUUAUGAUCAGGAGGACGAAGAGUCGAUAGAGAUCGCCAACUUGCAGCAGCAAUUGGCGGCCGCUGCAGCUCGUUGCAAAGAUUCAGCAGUGCUUAAGAAGGCCAUGGUUCAGCUACUCCAGGGCUAA